AUGAUGGAACCAGUAUCUAGUCAAAUUAGACAGGAAUACGAACAGAAAAUGAAAACAAUUAAGAAGGAACAAGAAGAUAAUCUCAACCAAAGAAUUGCAAAUAAUCUUCAGUAUGAGAAGACUGUUGUUCCACAAAUUAUUGAGAAGGUUAAGAGUAUGAUGAAAGUAGAAGUACACAAUGAUCCUUCAACUAUUGUAUUAGAAGCAGAACCAAACUAUUUAGUUGCUGUUCUUAUAAGAUCAACUAAUGGUGUACCACCAAAACCAAAGAAGUGUCUUGAACUAUUAAGACUUAAACAUAUUAAUGAGUGUGUAAUUAUAAAGAACAAUCUUUGUAAUAGAAAUCUUUUAAAGACAGCUGCUUCUUAUAUUGCUUAUGGAACUAUUAAUUACGAGUUGAUGAGAAAGUUAAUUUAUAAGAGAGGAUGUGGUAUUAAAAGAAAGGCUUGUGGAACUAAAAUUAAGAUUAAAUUAACUAAUGAAGAAAUUGAACAAGCAUUUAAUGGUAAAUACAGAUGUAUUGAAGAAUUAUGUUUUGGUAUUUUCUCAGAUGCUGAGGAUCAAACUAAAAUUUUAAGAUUUUUGAGUCCUUUCAAGUUAAACUGUCCAUUGGGUGGAUUUUCAGGUAAGAAGAAGCUUAAUAUUUUAAAAGGUGGUAAUACUGGAAAUAACAGAGGUAUGCUUGGUAAUUUGAUUAGUCGUAUGAUAGAAUAA